AAAUGCUUCUAGAUUAAGCUAUAAUUUUCUGGAUAUCCUAAAUUCACUUUUCUCACGCGGAAACAAAAAUCUAUUUCCAUGGAAGUCAUCCUCUAUAAAUACAUCAACAAUCAACCUUUCUAAAGCAAAAAGAUAUUCCAUUUGAUUUACUUUGACAAAAAUAAGAAAGAGCAAGAGGAAGAAGAGGAAACAUGUGUUUGGUGUUCGUGUGCGAUCAGGACGAGAGGGUGAUCGGCAGGUACGCAGCUCCUGGAGCCUGCCCCUACUGCGGCGGGAUGGUUCAAACGGUAGACGUAGAAAGCCAGUGGAGAUUCUGCUUCGUCCCUCUCUAUAACAAAUCCAAACGUCGCCUUAUUUGCUCCACCUGCGGUAAACGCCUCAUCGCCCAUUCCUGAAUUAAAUAAAAACUCUCACCGAGAUCUCUCUCUCUCUCUCUUUUGUAACUUUCUAUGUAAUAAUAUAUCCAAAUUGCUGACUUACCUUACGUAGUUACGUGUUGUUGUCUUUUUAAACGUUUGUAAAUUAAAAUUUCUCUUUGUGAUUUGUAUCCAUUUGUGUGAAUCAUGAUGAAUAAAUCAGCUUAUAGAAAUGAAAAAAACGAGAA